CAAAAAAAUUAAAACAGAGAAAGAGAGAGGAAACCUUAAAAUGAAUUGAAUUGAAAUCCCAAAAAAAUGUGAUUUCUAGUGAGAGAAAGUGAAAGCAACGAAUUAUUAACCCAAGCUGCCAGCACUUUAUACAUAGUUUAGUGCAAGAGAGAAGAUGGAAGCUUCUUAGCUCCCACUGCAUCGAAUUUGAUUUCUCUCGGAGUCUGAAAAACUUUCCAGCUCAAAACAAGGUCAGACCCAUAAAAAGCUCUCUCUCUCUAGAAUCUCACAUAUUCCAAAUCUCUCUCCCUCGGUUGUAUUAAUCAUUUUAGAAGAAACCCAUUAUUUUAAGCUCUUUAGCUUUACUGGGUGAUCUCUGGAAAAUUGGAAUUGAUAGCUUCUCCUUGGAAAAGGAGGGGUUUUUGAUAGAGUUUCGUUGAAGGUUUUCAAUUUUUUUUUUAAGGGCAAUAGGGGGUUUUGUUUGAUUGUGAAGUUCGGGGUUAGCAUGACUAGGGUUUGGGUUUAUUUUGUAAAACUUAAGUUUUGGGAGGGGAAAUUGUAGUCUUUUUUCAGGGUUUGUAUUAGAAGAUGUGUUUUGUAAUGGCAUUGAUGGGUUUUGUUGAAGUCAAUGCGGUUUUUCUUCUAGGGUUGUGGAAAAUGGGAUUUUGGAAUGGAGUGAAAUAACCCUGAUUUAGAUAGGGGUUUUGGGUGGAACGGUGAUUUUUUUAUAGUCUUUUGUGUAUUUUUUUGUUGUUGACUAUGCGGUGAGAGAAAUGCAACCGUCAACUCAGCAUUCGCGGGUGAAUCUCGUGGAGUUGAAAGUUCAGAUAGUGAAGACAAUUGGGGCAGAGAGGUCGAAGUUGUACUUCUAUUAUUUGAAUAAAUUUUUGAGUUUGAAGCUGAGCAAGGCUGAGUUUAAUAAGCUCUGUGUUCGUGUUAUUGGGAAAGAUAAUGUGCUGAUACAUAAUCAAUUUAUACGUUCGAUUUUGAAAAAUGCUUGUAAUGCCACUGUCCCACCGCCACCACCAAGUCGUGAUAAGGAGGUUCCUACAUCUGCAAGUGAUGGGUCGUAUUCCUAUCCAAAUGGGAAUGCGGAUCUUGCUUCUCAUUAUUCAACAGUUACAGAUGAUAAUAUAGCCCCAGAAGAUGGUAUACAGAAGCUGAUGCAGCAUCAUCAAGAAGGGGAAGUUUUCCACCGCCCUGCUAAAUUACCACUAAUAAAACAGUCAACAGAUGGUUUAGUUUCUGUACAUAGUAAAGAACAGAGUGAAAUAUCUGAGAUAUCUACUGUAACUCCACUUCAGGCACCACUUGGAAUUCCAUUUUGCACUGUGAGUGCAGGUGGUUCCCAUAGACCCUUGACUCUAGCAAGCAAAGAUAGAUGUGCUAGCUCAUAUGAUAGUGGUGGAUUGCUGGAUACACAGACGCUAAGAGAGCGAAUGCAGCAACUCGCCACAGCACAUGGCCUUGAUGAUGUAUCCAUGGACUCUGCCAGUUUACUGAACAGUGGCUUGGAUGCUUACUUGAAAAGGCUGAUCAAGUCCUGCAUUGAACUCAUUAAUAGAAAGCAUGGAUGUGAUUAUUCGACAAAAAGUAAUUCCCAGAAGAACCAUUCUGAGAGUAAGCAUGUUAAUGGUUUUCUGCCUGGUCAUCAUUUUCAGGUGCAGAGUAGCAAUAUGAUUUUGAAUGGAACACAAGAACAGAGAUCCCAUUUCCCAAUAUCGUUACUGGAUUUCAAGGUUGCAAUGGAGCUUAACCCACAGGAGCUUGGAGAAGACUGGCCCUUGCUGCUGGAGAAAAUAUGCACGCACCCAUCAGAAGAAUAAAGUGCCGGAAAAAAAUUGUGUUUGGGAUGUGAUUAAUUUGGUGGCUGGUCUAAAGGAGCAGAUUAACAUGCAUGCUUGGUUAACAAUGCUGCAGUCAACUCCUUUUCAUAUUCUUGUGAAUUAGUUUCCUGCCCUUGUCAUACAACUCUGCCUCCAUCAAGGUAAAUUUGAGCAGAGCAAGAGAUUCUUCAGCUAUAGCUUCCCUUGAUCCUGUGUACCGCGUUUUACAGCAACCAAUCAAAAGUGACAUAAUGGCUUCAAGAAUUCGACCCAGAAGAUUUGAACCUUUUCAACUCAUAUUCUCUGUUUGCUAGGAGUGCAGGAUCUAGGCAGUGACAAAACUCACCGAGAGGCUGUGAGCUUUAACGUGAAACAAUACCUUUUGAAGAGCCAGCCAUGUAGCGGAUCCAGGUCAACAAAUCAACAUCUUUCUUGCAGGGAGGAAAAUGAUGAUGGUCUACUGAAGUUUAAUCAAUUCCAUUCGCGAACAUGGGAAAUUGCUUGUCAACGUUCUCACAUUGGAUUGCUGCUUGUUCUACCACAUUAUCCUCUCUCCCAGCUUUGCUUGUGGUUACUGUGAAGUACAUCAAUGAGUAAACUGAAGCUCAUCGAGGAAGUUAUUUCAUUUAUCGUUGUGGGUUAUGACAAAACAUUGUGUAUGUACAGAAGGCACAUAUCUUAUAUACUGAGUUGGAUACCCCAGCAACAGCUCUGUACCAUGCUACUGCAAUGACGGCCGUUGGAUAGUAAAACUAUGAAUGCCCCAUGUCAAGUUGCAUGACAAAGGCAGCAUAUUAUUCUUGAUCAAGCAGGAGUCCUUUAUCAGGACUGAUUUGCAGAGAAGGAUGAGGCUGCACUGUGAUUAGACCAAACAAAAACUCUCCAAAAAGGCCGUUGCUUGCGCUUUGGAAGACUUGCCAUCAGCUCAGAUUCCGAUCUCCUUAGUAUUUCCCACAUCACUUGCACAUCCUCAUAUCCACAGGUCUGUAUAUCAUUAUGAAGCUCCAGAA